AAGCCUUGGGAGACCCACAGUGCGCCUGCGCGACUGCGGCAAAGCGUGUGAGGAAGCCGCGGGUUAGACGACAUUGGGUAGGGAGAGGCUGAAGAGGAGUGAGGAGUGCGGAGAGAGAAGAGAAAAAAGUCAGGGGAUAGGCGAGGUUGGAUGUGAGGGAUAGGUAGACCAGAGAGAGUCCAGAGAUCCCUGCGGCCACGGGGGGCGGUGCGAGGGCAGAGCCGGCUAGCUAGUCACAGCUGAUUCCUGCGCCUAUUCCCUGCUAUUUAACAUCCUCCCCGUUUUCUUCAGUUUGCACUCCGCUAGAGUGUGGCGUUUCAUUGUAGGGUGGGAUCGAGUUGUGCCUCCCAGAGGUUGUCAGGUGGGUGAAGCAGGUCCCCAUUAAGGCUUAGAAGAGCCGCGUUGCUAGAGGCACAGCGCCGUAUCCCGCACGUCCAGCCGCCUGAUUGCAAGGAUGGUUGAUAGAGAGCAGUUCGUCCAGAAAGCCCGUCUGGCGGAGCAGGCGGAACGCUACGAUGACAUGGCGUCAGCAAUGAAACUGGUGACGGAGAUGAACGAGCCGCUCUCAAACGAGGACCGCAACCUGCUCUCCGUGGCCUACAAGAAUGUGGUCGGGGCUCGGAGGUCCUCCUGGCGCGUCAUCUCCAGCAUCGAGCAGAAAACAGCGGCUGAUGGCAACGAGAAGAAGCUAGAGAUGGUGCGGGGCUACCGGGAGAAGAUCGAGAAGGAGCUGGAAUCCGUGUGCCAGGAUGUUCUCUCCCUGCUUGACAAGUACCUCAUCAAGAACUGCACCGAUGAACAGUUCGAAAGCAAGGUCUUCUACUUGAAGAUGAAAGGCGACUACUACCGGUAUCUGGCCGAGGUGGCCACGGGUGAGAAGCGGACCACCGUGGUGGAGUCCUCUGAGGCGGCCUACAAGGAGGCCUUUGACAUCAGUAGGGAGCACAUGCAGCCCACCCACCCCAUCCGCCUUGGCCUGGCGCUUAACUUCUCCGUCUUCUACUACGAGAUCCAGAAUGCACCGGAGCAGGCCUGCCACCUGGCCAAGCAGGCUUUCGAUGAUGCCAUCGCGGAGCUGGACACGCUCAAUGAGGAUUCCUACAAGGACUCCACUCUCAUCAUGCAGCUGCUACGAGACAACCUCACCCUGUGGACCAGUGACCAGCAGGAUGACGAAGCAGGGGAGGCUAACAAUUAGGGCCACCCUACACCGUGUUUGCAUCACAGCCAACAGAUCCCCUCCCCCCCAGCUCCUUACUCUCCGAACCCCCAGCUCACCCUCACCGCCAACCUUCUCUGUGUGCUCUGAAUGCUCCUUCCUGGCAUACCAAUG